AUGAAGUGGUUUGGAAUCCUUGUGCUGCUGACCCUCUCAGAGUGCCUAGUCAUAAUCCCCUUAACGAAGAUCAACACCUUGCGAGAAAUCCGCAGAGAGAAAAACCUGCUGAUAAAUUUCCUGGAGAGGAACAUGGAUAACAGGUCCCAGAGUGAAAUUGAUGACCCAAAAAUUUCUCUUCACCCCCUGAGGAACCACAUGAAUCUGCUCUACUUCGGAAACAUCACCAUUGGAACGCCCCCUCAGGAGUUCAGGGUCCUCUUUGACACAGGCUCAUCUGACUUGUGGGUGUUCUCCAUCUACUGCACCAGCCCCGCCUGCCGUGCAAACAAGCUCUUCAACCCUCACUUGUCCACCACCUUCCAGCAUACAUGCAAGUUCUUCAAACACAUAUAUGCCACUGGGACGACUGUUGGAUCUCUUGGCUAUGACACCGUCCGGAUCGGGAACCUUGUCAACCUGGGCCAGGCAUUUGAAUUGAACAAGUGGCAGACUGGGUACGAACAUAAACCCUAUGAUGGCAUCCUGGGCCUGGCUUACCCCAGCCUCGCCAUUGAAAACACGACACCUGUCUUUGACAACUUGAAGACACAAGGCGUUAUUUCUCAGCCUGUCUUUGCCUUCUACUUAAGCGAUGGGAAGGAGAAUGGCAGCCUGGUGAUGUUUGGCGGGGUGGACCACAGCUACCACAAAGGACAGCUCAAGUGGAUACCAGUGUCCAAAACCAAGUAUUGGCAGAUAACCAUGGACCGCAUCUCCAUGGAUGGAAUGACUGUUGGUUGUUUCAAUGGCUGCCAGGCCAUUCUGGAUACUGGGACCACCUCGCUGAUUGGCCCAACUAGACUGAUCAGCAACAUCCUGAAGCUCAUCAAAAGCAAACGUUUUCAGCAAGAGCAUGUGGUUCCAUGUAGCUCUGUCACUCAACUGCCUACCCUCAUCCUCAACAUCAACGGCACUGACUACCCAGUGCCCGCUCAAGCCUACAUUUGGAAGAGUCCUCAGGGCUUCUGUCUCAGCAACUUUCAAGGGGAACCACAGCACUCGAAUAAGCCAGAGACCUGGACCCUUGGUGUCAUCUUCCUGAGACAGUAUUUCUCAGUUUAUGAUCGGGGAAACAACAGGAUUGGCCUGGCUCCUGCAGUAUAA